CACUGGAUAGUGCUUAAAAUGAGAUAUUGAAGUUUGGGAGGUGUAUGUACAUAAUCCGUAGGCGCGGGACGCGACGCGCCUUGUUAUCUUCCUUUGUUCCAUUGCGUUCUCGACUGACCCGGACCCGCUACACGCAAUACUGCUAAUCUAUCUCAUACAGCCUGUUAUCCGAGAUGAAGCCUACCGUUCAGGAGGAAGAUAUGGAAGAUGAUCUUGCCGCUGAGGAGGAAAACAAGCUCAUAAACGAGGAGUAUAAAACAUGGAAAAAGAAUGCACCGUAUCUGUAUGACCUAGUCAUCACGCACGCACUCGACUGGCCAAGUCUAACGUGCCAAUGGUUCCCCGACAAAGACACACCAGCAAACAAGCCCUACACAACCCAUCGUCUCCUCAUCGGAACUCACACUUCCGGCCAAGCCCAAGACUACCUCCAAAUUGCAACCGUCCAAAUUCCCAAACGCGACGAAAAACUCGACCGUGACAGCUACGACGAACAGCGCGGUGAACUCGGCGGACACACCAUCCCUCCUCAGCCCCGCAUCCAAAUCAUCCAGAGAUUCAAUCACGAUGGCGAGGUUAACCGUGCACGGUAUAUGCCGCAGAACCCGGAUUUGCUCGCCACGAAAGCUAUCUCGGGACAGGUGCUCAUUUUUGAUCGCACGAAGCAUUCGUGCGAGCCUAUGAGAGGCGGUCUUUGUAAACCUGAUAUCAGAUUGGUCGGGCAAACGAAGGAAGGGUUUGGUUUGGCGUGGAACCCGGUGAAGGGCGGACACAUUCUUGGUGCUUCAGAGGAUAUGACGGUGUGCCACUGGGAUAUAAACUCAUAUACGAAGGGCACUAGCACUAUUGAGCCGACAACUGUUUUCAAGGGGCACAAUUCUGUUGUCGGGGACGUUGAUUGGCAUGCGACCAAAGAAAACGUAUUUGCUAGUGUGGGAGACGACAAGAUGCUUCUGCUUUGGGAUACCCGAGCUACAACCGAAGCUACAACAAAAAUACAAGCACAUGACAGAGAAAUCUUAUCAUGCGCAUUCAGCCCAUCAUGCGAAUAUCUCAUCAUCACCGGCAGCGCAGACAAGACCGUUGUGCUGCACGAUAUCAGAUCGCCUACUAAAAAAUUGCACACUUUCGAGUCACACACGGACGAAGUGCUCCAUCUCGCAUGGUCUCCCCACUCUAAAACAGUCUUCGCAUCUGCUUCAGGAGAUCGAAGGGUCAAUAUCUGGGAUCUUUCUCAGAUCGGCGUGGAGCAGUCACCAGAUGACCAAGAAGAUGGACCUCCGGAGCUCAUGUUCAUUCAUGGAGGACAUACCGCACGUCCCACAGACUUUUGCUGGGCACCAGGAAAAUCCGAGAACUGGACUGUAUCUACCACCUCAGAAGAUAAUGUGGUGAUGGUCUGGCAACCUACCAUGCGCAUCUGGGCUGGCGACGAAGUUAAGAUCGAUGAGAAGGAACUCGAAGGCGACGCUAUGGAGGGCGUCGAAAUCACUCCUGAAACUGGACCUUCCAAAGUAGUAGCAGCUAGUGGUGCCAACAGUGCGCGCAGUCAAAGUAUGAGUAUCAGCGCGAGCGUUAGUAACUCUGGGGUGGAUGUGGAAGUAGAGGAUAGUUGAAUGCUUGGUGAAAAUGGAGAUGCAGAGAUGAUGGAAUCCAAAGCUGAUCAUGAUGAGUACAAUAUUUGUAACGUAUG